ACGUAGAGGUAGUAGCAGAGUUUGGAGACGGUGCAUUCACUUUCAUAGAUUUUCGGCUGUACCUCCGCCGUCAAUCAAUAGAAAGAUUACGUCUGAUUGGAGUGUGACUGUGUAAUCCCUGCUUUCUGUCUUGACUGUCCCGUGGGGGUCUCCAGUCCACGUUCGCAUAGGAAUAAUGAUCAGACAAAGUCACAAGAUGCUUGAGGUCACAAAUCUACGAGAUGGGGAAGUUCUCCCUCACCAGUUGUGUCUGCUCCGGGUCACAGGAGCACAGAAGGAGUCCACGUGUGCUGCCAUACACAACCAGAGUGACCACACCAGAAAUGGGACUAUUUGGAAAAUAUACAAUGGAGGAUUCAAUGCCCUGAUUCCACUUGUUGAGGGCAAGAAUGAUCUAAGAAUAAUUUGUGGAACAGAAGAAACCACAAUACAUAUAAUUUAUAAACCUCUAGACAUUCCCAGGUAUAUCCGAUUGGUGUACAUCACAUGUAUGAAUGAAGGCAAGUUUCAAGGACCCAAAGACAUGGAUUGCUCACCAAAUGCUGCAGUUAGAAAAAUUCAAACAGGAGUGUUGACGCUGCAAGCAUUUGUAGCUGAGACUCUUGCUGCUGAGGGCUUAGGCCGGAGAACAUUUCGUUUUGAGCUGGACACUAAUGGAAACCCCAUAGUUCAUGUUAUAGAACUUCCUGUUACACUGCUUGAAGCACAUAAAUUUACUGAAGAGCGCCUAUGGGAGACUGCUGCUCUGCACAUACUUUCAUCUCACCUGGCUGAUAAAAACUGCAAAUAUGUUGCAUUCUUUGGUGGGACAAGAUUCAUGAAUCCAGACAAGCUCACACUUAAGACAGAAACUGAGAUCAUGGCCCACACCAAAGGUCAUGUCUCUCUGGGUGGUGGAGGACUGGCACUAGUGGGCACAGGUGCUCUGUACUCCUGGGCCCCUCAAGUGGAUGAAGUCAUUAAUGCAAUGAGGAAUACUUCGUCUAUUGAUUCCACAAAGCUGAUGGACUUCAGUGGAGGAAGGGGCACCUGGGGAGCGUGUUAUGGCACACACCUGGGCUCCGUGAUGCAUGAGCUGGCCCAUACCUUGGACCUUGGCCACACUCCACAUGGUAUUAUGGCCCGUGGCUUUGAAGAUCUGCACAUCUUUUUCACUACCAGUAAACUUACCUCUGAUUAUCUUCCUCAGUCUCCCCAUCAUAGUUCUGUAAUGAGGCAGUCCAUGUCCAGCUCUCUCAUCAAGGAAUCCAUCACCUUUACCACUGACUUUGUCCGUAAAAUUCCUCUAGACAAUAUCAAUAUCACCAUAGCACCACCAAAGGAACCCUUGGCAUCCAGCGGAGUGUACAGCCCUCCUGUGUUCACACGGAAAUACCCUGGAAAAUUAUUCAAUGCAAACUCUGGCUCUGCUUCACCUCUUACCAUUGAAGAGACAGAACUGUCUUCACCCACCCAGAAGUCAACAUGCACUCGUUCCCUCCUGAGUGCUCCAUCUCCCAACAUAUCCAAUAGUUUGCUCAACAACAACAGGAACCAAGACAUUGAUAGCAGCAAGUGCCGAGCCUUUUGGGCAAGAUCCAGUGCACUCCUUCUCGCCUUCCACAAGUGGCUCAAUACUGUGACAGAUGGUGAGGUCCCAGAACUGAAGGGCUCUGUGGUGUGCAGCACUCCAGGGAUUCGAAUUAUUGAACUUCGAGACCUGCACACCAUGGCCUUCCACCACUGGGAGUUUGUCACCAGACCUCCACCUCCUGUGUUCCAUCUGCCAUGGGCUCAAGUCCCCCACUGGCCUUCUGACACCCACAUUGAGGUUGUCGUAGAAGACACUCAAGGAAACCUCCUCAAAGGCUGCUUCAUGCCGCGCCCUCUCUAAGGUCAGAUACUAUGCAACACAUUAUUGGUAUACAAUCACAACAGAAGCAAAUCA